AGGGGCAGAACUCUGGUAUCAAACAGAGAGCGUUUCGUGUGCAAAGGGCGCUAAGAGGCCGCCUUUCGGUAAUCACAUUGAAAACACAAUCUUCGCGGAUCGAAAUUCGCUGCAGCAAAAAUGUCUGAUCACACAGACUUGCCGUUCAAAGCCGAGUAUGCAAAAAGUGGCCGAUCAUCCUGCAAGCAGUGUAAAUCAUCCAUCGACCAAGACUCACUGAGAUUGGCAUUAAUGGUGCAGUCACCACACUUUGAUGGAAAGAUUCCAAACUGGUAUCAUUUUUCCUGCUUCUGGAAGCGUGGACGACCUAAGAACACAGAUGAAAUUCAUGGCUAUCACUCACUGCGAUGGGAAGACCAAGAAAAAAUUAAAGAAAAGAUUGGUGCUGGUGGGUCAGUAGCUAGAUCAUCUGGUGCUGGAGAAGGAAACAAACUUGCAGACUACACAGUCGAAUAUGCCAAAUCAAACCGCAGCACCUGCCGUGGAUGUGAUGAAAAAAUUGCUAAGGAUGAAAUUCGGGUGUCCAAGAAAGACUAUGACGCGGAAAGGUCUAAGAUAUAUGGACCACAAGAUUUAUGGCACCAUGUAGAUUGCUUUGUCAAGAAGCGUGAAGAGCUUGGCUUUACUACGGACAUGAAUCCAGACAAAAUUGUAGGUUUUGCCAAGCUAAAGGCAGAAGACAAAGAUAUGCUGACUGAAAAACUUGGAAAGGGUGAAGCUAAGAAAAGAAAAGGAGGAGAAGCUAAAGGUGCUGGAGGAAAGAAAGCAAAGAAAGAAGAAACAGAAGAAGAGAAACAGUUAAAGGAGCAAAAUCAGCUUAUUUGGAGCUUCAGGGACAACUGCACAAAAUUUGUAUCUAACGAAGCAAUUCGAGUUAUGCUGCAGCUGAAUAACCAGAAAAUACCACCUGGAGAAAGCAAGCUUUUGGAUGCAAUUGCUGACUGUCUAGCAUUUGGUGCAUUGGGCAAGUGUCCUGAGUGCGAAGAAGGCCAGCUUGUGUAUACGCCUGAGGGAUACAAAUGUACUGGAAAUGUUACAGAAUGGACAAAGUGCAUGUUCCUCACAAAGGCACCAAAACGUAAAGCUUUCAAAGUGCCCAAAGAAUUCCAUGAUGUAGAGUUUCUGAAGAAAUACAAGUAUGUAAAACGAGAGCGUGUUUUCCCAGCAGUGACAAUAUCUGCCACAGUUGGACCAGUGAGUUCUUCAGUUGAUGCUGUUGAUGGAGAGGUGAGUACAGGGCGACCGCUUGAAGACCUGAAGUUCAUUAUUAUAGGCAAGACCUCAAAAAGCAAGACACAGCUUACAAAGGAUAUCCAGGGACUUGGGGGCAUGGUGGUUACCAAAGCUGAUGGUAAAGUGGCUGCAGCAAUUAGCACCAAAGGUGAGGUUGACAAACUUGGAAAGGCCAUGCAGGAAGUAAAGAAGGCAGAUGUUCAAGUUGUGACUGAUGAAUUCUUGGAAAAGGUCCAAGGGGGAGGAAAUGUCAUUGAUCACAUUCGCUCUUUGAACAUAGCUCCGUGGGGAAGUGAUCCUGAAAAACGCAUUGGAAAAAGACCUAUGAAGAGUGCUCCUAAGAGUAGUAUGUCCAAGAAAGAGGAGGAGAAAUACACUAAGAGUGUUCCUGCCACAAUGAAGAUGACAGUGAAAGGUGGAGCAGCAAUCGAUCCUGACUCAGGUCUAGCAGAUAUAGCCCAUGUCAUACAAAACAAAGGAGAUUUAUAUACAGCUGUGCUGGGGCUUGUAGACAUCACUCGUGGAACAAACUCAUUUUAUAAAUUACAGGCAUUAGAAAGUGAUAAGGCAUCCAGCUGGUGGCUCUUCCGCUCCUGGGGACGAGUUGGAACAACCAUUGGAGGCAAUAAAGUGGAGCGAUGUGGUUCUCAGGCCAUGGCCAUUGAAAAGUUUAAAGAACUCUAUCUAGAAAAAACAGGCAACCAUUGGGAAGACCGUGACAACUUCCAGAAGCAGCCCAAUAAGUUUUUCCCCUUGGAAAUUGAUUAUGGACAAGAGGAAGAGAGCAUUCAAAAACUGUCCAUGGAAGGCUCAAAGUCUGUCCUGCCACCAUCGGUUCAAGAUCUUAUUUGUAUGAUUUUUGAUGUUGACAGAAUGAAGAAAGCCAUGAUGGAGUUUGAGAUUGACAUGAAAAAGAUGCCACUAGGCAAACUCUCAAAAAGACAAAUUGAGUCUGCCUACAAAAUUCUCACAGAGCUACAGCAGCUUGUGGAGAACAAGGGAUCACAGACUCAGUUUGUGGACGCCACCAAUCGUUUCUACACACUUAUUCCUCAUGACUUUGGUAUGGGCAAAAUUAAACUGCUGGAUACAGCAGAGGCCAUAAAAACCAAGACUGAGAUGCUGGACAAUCUGUUGGAGAUUGAAGUGGCAUACAACUUGCUCAAGGGUGCGGAUGGAGGAGAAGAUCCCAUUGAUGCUCACUACAAGAAACUCAAGUGUGCUAUGGAGCCUUUAGACAAGGAAAGCGAGUUGUUCAAUCGACUGGUUACAUAUGUAAAGAACACACAUGCUGCUACACAUACACAAUACAGCUUGGAAGUUCUGGAUAUCUUCCAGGUAGCACGAGAAGGUGAAAGGGAACAGUUCCAGCCUUUUGAAUCUCUGCAUAAUCGCCAGCUGCUUUGGCAUGGUUCUCGCACCACAAAUUUUGCUGGCAUCCUCUCCCAAGGACUUCGUAUUGCUCCACCAGAAGCACCUGUGACUGGUUACAUGUUCGGGAAAGGAAUUUACUUUGCAGACAUGGUGUCAAAGUCAGCAAACUACUGUGGUACAUCUAAAACAAAUCCAAUUGGACUUCUUUUGCUGUGUGAAGUGGCUCUUGGCAACAUGCAUGAACUAACUACAGCAAACUUUGUUACAAAAUUACCCAAAGGCAAACAUAGUACAAAAGGUGUAGGGAUGACAAAGCCUGAUCCAGCCUUGUCAUACACUACAGAUGAUGGAGUGAUAAUUCCACUGGGACCAGGCAUUAAGGGUGAUAUUGCCCAUUCCAGCUUGUUGUACAAUGAAUACAUUGUAUACGAUGUGGCACAGGUCAACAUCAAAUACAUGCUUAAAACCAAGUUCAACUACAAGUGGUAAUGAACAGAUUACCCUACGGACAUUUGUGAAUCCAUUUUCUUCCCUCCCUCAUACACAAUUUUAGUGUUUUCUCACUUCACUCAACAUGUCAGUGACAGUUGUGCAUUGGUUUUGUGAUUUAUGUUGUAGCUGUUUGUUCUUUGCAGAUUAUUAAAUAGUAAUUAGUUCAGUACAUUUGAAAUUUUUAAAUGUUCUAUUGGGUUAUUUUAUAGUAAGUCUUGGGAGUUUUCGGUGGGGUGAAGAUCACAAAGCUUGACCCAGUUUAUGUGUCAUCUUAAUCAUUUUAUGUUAGAAAAAGCUUCACCUUUCUGCAGUAAGUGUGAAAAAACGAACUGUGUGAAGACGUCACUCAUUUGCAUUGUGUAAAAGAAAUUUAUAUCAGUUUUUGAUAUCCAUUUUUAUAACUAAAACAUUUGCAUUUGUGGCUGUCCCUUCAUUGUCAGUUUUAAUUAAAAAAAUAUUUUGAAGAACAAAUGUCGUCUAUUAGAUGUAUAAAAGAAAUGCUAUCACAUUUAGAGAUUUUUUUUUAUGUACGCAUGAAUGAUUCCAUCAUAUUUCUUUGGGAAGCGGCUGGGCAUCAAGAGAGAGCAAGAAUUUCAGGGUUGCACCCAUCAUCACAACUAAUUCUUUUGACUGUAUAUGUGUUUGCAGAGAUCGGAAGCAAUUACAAUAAUUUUUAGUCAGAAAUAAAACUUUUCUUGAAUUUUUA